UCAUUGGCAUCAAAAUGUAUGCUUUGAUUUUCCAAUAUUUUUCUAAAUAAAAUGGGUUGAAAAUGAACUGAAAAGAAUACAGUGUAUGUGAAAACGUAUUAUAUAACAAAUAAGAGAAAAUCUAAAAUGUGAUAAUGGCUACUAUUUGGACGGUAUUAGUCAUAUUUUUUUGGCUUCGAUGUACAAUAGCGAAAGAUCACGAAUUUAUAUCACAGUAUCCCAGCAAUCCAAAUGAAACAUUAUAUUUUAAUCACCUCACUGUCGAUAGAGUAAGCGGUCAAAUAUACGCAAGUUCAAUAAAUUGGCUUCAUCAAUUGAGUCCGGAUUUGAAACCCCUACAUGUAAUAAAAACCGGGCCUAAACUUGAUAACCCGCUGUGCCAUGCCACUGGCUGUCCUUCGGAUGAAAUACAAACGUCGUGGACCGACAAUGUGAACAAAAUAUUAGUUCUCGAUCAGGAGUCCCGCGUUGUUAUAGCUUGUGGUUCAGUAGCCCAGGGUUCCUGCGUCAAGUACAGGCUCGGCGAUUUGUCUGCCAAACCGGAGUUCGUGUCGGAAGGAGUCGCAGCGAACGAUGCAGAUGCUUCUACUUACGCAUUCAUCGGUCCCGAGAGGUACAAUGCAUGGGAAAGAUCCAAUGUCUUAUAUGUGGGGACGACCUUCACCAACAACGGUGAAUACAGACAUGACGUCCCAGCGAUAUCCAGCCGCAACUUGAUGACUUUAGAGUUGGCGAAGUUCACUUUCUCCGAACAGAGUUUGAUUCAAAUAGAUGUGAAGUACAGAGAUAACUUCCUUGUGCAGUAUGUGUAUGGAUUCAAUGCAAGUGAUUAUGCAUACUUUCUCAUUAUUCAGAAACAUUCUCACUUAGCUGGUAAUGAGGAACUCGGGUAUGUCACAAGAUUGGCUCGCACUUGUGUAAACGAUGACAACUACAAUAGUUACACUGAAGUUACGCUGGAAUGUCACGUUCACGAAGAUCUCGGCAAUGGUAAGGUAGAAACUGUCAAUUAUAAUUUAGUACAAGAUGCAAAAAUUGCUAGAGCUGGUGUAAACAUAGCAACGCAGCUAGGUAUAGAGACUGGAGAUUCCAUUCUUGUGGCCUCCUUUAGCCCUUCGAAAGGUAUAACCAAUGAACCUGUAGCUAAGUCAGCAGUUUGUGUGUUCUCAUUGCAAGAGAUAGAAAUUAAGUUUAAUGAAAAUGUUCAUAUGUGUUUCAAUGGUAGUACUAAAGCUCGUAACAUGGGUUAUAUAUCAGGAAUGAUAUCUGACGGUAAAUGUCCAAGUGUUGGAUCCGUUGGUAACAUUCUGAACUUUUGUGAAGUAGGUCUUAAGAUAAGUGGUCUGUAUCCUAUAAAAGCUAUGUCAGUAAUAUAUUGGAAUGACACCUUAGUAACUUCUGUGACUAUGUCAGUGACUGGUUUACAUACAGUAGCAUUCUUAGGUACCAGUGAGGGUGUUUUAAAAAAGGUUUUGAUUGAUUCUGAUAAGGCACUAGAAUAUUCUCAUGAACUUCUUCUAGCUAAUCAAAAAAUUCUUCCUGAUACUACAAUAUCACCCCAUGGCAAAACGCUGUAUGUGCUGGGUAAGAACACCAUUAUUCAAAUUCCAACUGAAAGAUGUGCUGAAUAUGGAAACUGUUCAUCUUGCCUCGAAUCAAAUGACCCUCAUUGUGGAUGGUGUUCCUUAGAAAAGAAGUGUACUGUUCAGAGUAUGUGUCAAAAAGGGACACAGAGUGCACCAAGGUGGUUGUCACAAUAUACUGGUCAGCAGUGUAUAGAUUUUGAACAGAUUUUGCCUGAUAGAAUAUCAAUGACAGAAGUGACAACUGUACAGCUUAUAAUUAAAACUUUGCCAGAACUUCCAUUUGGAGCUAAAUAUAAAUGUGUUUUUGGUAAUGGCCCUCCUAUUGAUGCAGCAGUGACAUCAACUGGGCUCGCUUGUCCUACUCCUGAUAUAAAACAUAGGCCUAAAAUCCCGCAGAACCAGGAUCAUGUGUAUGUUCCAUUAUCUGUUCAUUCUUCAGAGACCAACAAAGACUUUGUGACCAGGAACUUUGCUUUCUAUGAUUGUUUGAAGCAUACGACAUGUCAAUCUUGCAUUUUGAGUGAUUGGGCCUGCAACUGGUGUAUUUAUGACAACAAGUGUACCCAUGAUACUUCAGCAUGUCAGAGAACAAUAAUCAGUGGCGAGAAUAAUCCUAGUAAGUUACUCAACCAUGGUAUUGGUCACUGUCCUAGAAUAAGGCAAUACAAGAAACCUAUUUUAUUGCCUAACAAUGUACCCAAGGAGCUGGAACUUGAAGUUGAGAACUUACCCCAUUUACAACCAGGUCACACUGGAUUCCAAUGUAUUGUCAGCAUUGAAUUAGCUAAUAUGAUUUUACCAGCAAGAGUUGAAUCAAAUCAUUUUAUUGUCUGUGAUAAGACAAUGUAUUCAUAUGAAGGAGAUGUUGGAGAGUAUAAUGUGAGUGUCAAAGUCUUCUGGAAUCAUAAACACUAUAUUGAUACAAUUACUAUUACUCUAUACAAAUGUGAAAUUCUCGGAUCUCACAGGGACCAUGCUGACUGUUCCCUUUGCAUAACACGUAAUUCUGUCUAUCAAUGUACUUGGUGUGGUAACUCAUGUUCCUACACUGAAACUUGUCAAGAAAACCCUGUGACUGAAUGUCCUAAACCCAGAAUUGACAUGAUUAAGCCCCUAAGUGGUCCUUUAGAAGGUGGAACAGAAGUUACAAUUGAAGGAAGUAAUCUUGGUCUAAGAGUUGAAGAAGUGACUGGUAAAGUAAGGAUUGGUGAUGUACUAUGUCAGAUUAUUGAUUUUAGAGUUUCAGUCAGUAUUACCUGCAGAACUGGGCCUUCCAAUGGCUCCGUAAUUGCACCUGUGAUUGUGGAAAAUGAAGCUGGUUACACUGAAUCCUCAGUGUUGUUUAGUUACAAAAACAUAAAGCUACAAGGUGUUUACCCUACAGUGGGUCCAAUGUCAGGUGGGACACAAUUGGCUAUCAAUGGCCAACACUUAAAUAUUGGCUCCUCUGUUUUUGCUUAUUUAGAUGAAUUGCCAUGUUAUGUAGAUAAAAAUCAAACAUCCAACAAUAGAUUAAUAUGUAUAACACCUAAAGCAAAUACUCCCCGCAUAAUUCACACUUUGACUGUUUCUAUAGAUAAUGCAAACAGAACAUUGAAUGGCGAAUUAUUCAAUUAUACAGCAGAUCCAACAAUUAUGGAAAUCAAACCUUUAAAAUGUUUUGUGUCUGGUGGGAGAAUGAUAACUGUACAUGGUACCAAUUUACACACAAUACAAAAGCCACUGAUGAAGCUCUAUUAUGGCAGUGAUCUUAUUCCUGUUAAUUCAUCUACCUGUGUGGUACUCAAUUCCAAUCAAAUGGAAUGUCCCAGUCCAGCUAUAAACAAGAAAUAUUAUGAAAUAUUGGAAACUCAAAAGACAACAACACAAGUAGCUAUGAAAGUUGGAUUUGUCAUGGAUAAUGUUGAAACUUUGCAUGAUCAUGAAAAAUAUUUUAAUCCUCCAAGGAGUCACAUGUUAUUUGUUGAAGAUCCACAUGUUUUCCAAUUUCCCAAUAGAAUAAAGUCGUACAAAGGAGAUCCUCUAGUAAUAGAGGGAGAAAAUUUGAUUAGAGCCAGUGAUGAGUCUGAUGUGAUUGUCACAAUUGGUACGCAACCAUGUAAUGUAACCAGUCUAACUAUGCAGCAGUUACUUUGCACCCCUCCAGACAUACAACCUGCUAAUACGGAUGAAAAUGGAAUACAAACUACUGAUUUUAAUCUUCCUUUAGUGGUUGUCAAAAUUGGACGUAACUUACGCUUUCCUAUUGGGUAUUUGCAUUACGACUUACUAAGAAACUAUAAUUUUCCACCUGAAGCUAUUGCUGGUAUUGCUGCGGGAACAUUUUUCUUAGUUCUUAUUUUUAUGAUAGUGUUAGUAAUGUACAGAAGAAGAAGUACAAAGGCAGAAAGGGAGUACAAAAGAAUACAAAUACAGAUGGAUACCCUAGAAAGCAACGUGAGAUUGGAAUGUAAAUUAGCUUUUGCAGAGCUGCAAACUGAUAUGUCUGAUUUGGCAGCAGAUUUGGAACAUUCAGGUAUACCAACAUUAGACCAUGUUAAUUAUGUUAUGAAAGUAUUCUUCCCUGGCGUAUCUGAUCAUCCGAUUUUAAAUGUUCAGCGUCAGUUUAUCAAUACGCCGAGAACAAACUAUGAUGCAGCAAUGAUUCAGUUUGAACAACUCCUUAACAAUAAAUGUUUCCUACUGUCAUUUAUAGACACAUUGGAGGCUCAAAAAUCUUUUAAUAUUAGAGACAAGGUGAACGUCGCUUCUCUGUUAAUGGUUAUUCUUAUGGGAAAAAUGGAAUAUGCAACAGACAUCUUGAAGUCUCUACUAUUGAGACUUAUAGAUAAAUCAGUGUGUGCUAAACACCCACAAUUGAUGUUAAGAAGGACAGAUAGUGUUGUAGAAAAAAUGCUGACAAAUUGGAUGGCACUUUGCAUGUAUUACUAUUUAAAAGAUUAUGCAGGCUCAUCACUGUUUUUGUUGUUCAAAGCUAUAAAACAUCAAAUAGAAAAGGGCGUUGUGGAUGCUAUAACGCACGAGGCGAGAUAUUCCUUAUCUGAAGAAAAGCUUUUAAAAGAGCAAAUUGAUUAUCAAAUAGUUACAUUGCAUAUAGUUCAAGACGAUUUUGAUGAGAAAGUACAAUGCAAAGUUCUGGACUGUGACAGUAUAUCACAGGUUAAAUCUAAGAUUUUGGACGCACUUUUUAAGAAUACUCCUUUCAGCAUGCGUCCUUCCGUCCAUGAUGUAGAUUUAGAGUGGAGACAUGGAAGAGGAGGUCAUGUAACACUCCAAGACGAAGACCUCACAACCAAAACAGUCAAUGGCUGGCGAAGACUUAACACAUUGGCGCACUAUGGAGUCAAGGAGUCAGCCGUAAUGUCUUUGAUAUCUCGUCAAAAUGACAGUUUUAAUACUCCCUACAAAAUACCUUGCAAAAAUUGUACAGGGAUAUAUUGUUCUAAUUCCCAUAUAAGGGUAUAUAAGAGCGACAUAACGGAACAAAACGUGCACUACUAUCACUUGGUGAGGCCGAUCGAAUAUCAACAUAUUAUAAAUAAAUCUUCUGAACACAGUCACAAAGCAAUACCUGAAAUAUUCCUCACAAGAUUGCUGUCUACAAAGGGCACGGUUCAUAAAUUUGUUGACGAUUUCUUCAGCACAAUUUUGACGGUAAACGAUGUUCUACCACCUGCCGUUAAAUGGCUCUUUGAUUUGUUCGACGACGCCGCUCGAACUCAUGGCAUAAUGAAUCCGGAGGUGGUCCACGCUUGGAAAUCGAACAGCUUACCGCUACGCUUUUGGGUGAACCUCAUAAAAAAUCCUGAUUUUAUAUUCGACAUUAACAAAACUUCCACUGUAGAUUCCUCCUUAUCUGUGAUUGCUCAAACAUUUAUGGAUGCAUGUUCUCUAUCUGAACAUCGACUUUGCAAGGAUUCUCCGUCGAACAAAUUAUUAUUCGCUAAAGAUUUGCCAGGCUAUAGGGACAUGGUUAUACAGUUUUACCAGGCAGUGUCACAAUUACCUCAAGUGACCGACCAGGAACUGAGUACCUCUAUGCAGCAGCUAUCUGUGGAGCAACUCAACGAGUUCGACACCCUGUCGGCUCUGAAAGAGUUGUACAUCUAUGUCAGUAAAUAUAGAGAACAAAUAACUUUAGGGUUAGAAAACAAAAUGCACUUAGUCCAUAAAUUAGAUAAUGUAGCCUGCACAAUGGAGGGAGAUCCUGCAUCUAUAUGCUGACUAUAUGAUAACAAGAGUUUUGACUUGAUUGCAUUUACAUAAUUUAUUAUUAUUAUAUAUUUGUAAAAAAGCUUUAAUUUUUAUUACUCAAACUACAAUACCUACCAGAUUUGUAUAAAAAGACUGUAUUUUAUCAGUUCCAUAUGGAUUAUUCAAACAAAAGAUUUAAGAUUACUUUCUUCAAUAAAUAUUUCUAAUAGGCUAAAACAUUAUAAAGUAAUUAUAUUCAGAUAAAAAGUUACAUCAAUUUUUGAUGGUUUUAUGCACAUAUUCAAUUCUACUAAGUAUACUUAUUAAUUUUUAAUAAGCAUUUUAAAUGAAUCUCCCAGUGGCCAUAUUUUAUUCUAAAUGUCAUUUUUAAUAUUAUUUAGUGAUCACUGUACACAAUGUAAGUUCAUAAUUAUUGCUCUCUAAAGCGUACGACAUUUUUAUAAUUUUGCUAAAAUGGUCCGGCACCAAUAUUUAUUGUAAAUUUACAGAGAAGUUGCAAGAAUACUUAAUAUUGAUGUGUAUUAAUGUAAGAUGUAUGUGUAAAGAAUAGUAUAAGAGAAAUGUUGUGAUAUUUGUAUUUGGAAUAUUUAUAACGUUAAGGUUUAUUUUUAAAUUAUUAUAAAGGCCUCACACAUUUAAUAAUUAUUGUAGAUGUUACACUUGAAUAUUUAAGCUUUUGAAUUACUGAUAUUAUAUCAUUAGUCAUUAUUCCAUAAUGUUGUGUCGCUUUUAAUAAUA